CCCCGUCAUUCCUUCAGUCUGUAGCAACACUCCCUGAAGAUACCCUAAAUACUUCCAGUCUUCUUCUUCUUCUUCUUCUUCUUCUUCUUUAUUAUUAUUAUUGUUAUUAUUAUUAUUAUUUGAUCAGCGAAAUCCACGGGAAAGCUUGUCUCCGAUUACUCUUUCUUUCCCCUUCCCCUAAAACGUUUUCUCUCUGCGUAGCCUUUCCCGGAUAUUUAUCUUGUUUUCUCAAAAGCUACGCCUCUUCCCUGCUUUGUCGAGUUCGAGCAGCAACUUUCAGAGUCCAAAACCAGAGGAUUAGGAAACUGGAAGAAACUGACUAGCUCACCUGUCACCCCCAGCCCUCAUUGCAGCCGCAUAACUCGAUUUCUUCAAGCAGGAUUUACACCAUCAAGGUCAAUUAAGUGUAUGAUAUUUUCCAACAAUGAACAGAUCCUGCAGUAUUGCUAGAUUCCAAAACAGUUGUAUGCCAAGGCAAAGGCAUGUGCUAAACGGAAGAAGUAGAUGCCUCUGCACUGUUGCAUCACCAAUGAUUUCUUCAGUUACCCCUGUCAUCUCAUCACUGGUUUUGGGUGCUCAGCUUACUCCUUCUGAAACCCGUCAACUUUCAGAUGAAUGGUUUGCCCUCCGGCGGGACAAGUUGACUACUAGCACCUUCAGUACAGCAUUGGGUUUCUGGAAGGGAAACCGUCGGUUGGAGCUUUGGCAGGAGAAGGUGUAUGCUACAGAGUUGGACAUUAAGGUUGAACCUAGUAAAAGAUUUGCUAUGGAAUGGGGUGUGAUGAACGAAGCAUCAGCCAUAGAAAAGUACAAGAGCAUCACAGGUCGUGAGGUGAGCUCAAUGGGAUUCGCCAUUCAUUCCGAGAAACGACUGGGUUGGCUUGGUGCAUCGCCUGAUGGUAUUUUGGCUGGUGGGAUCCUAGAAGUGAAGUGCCCAUAUAACAAGGGGAAGCCUGAAAGGGCUUUGCCCUGGUCAACCAUGCCCUUCUAUUACAUGCCUCAGGUGCAGGGCCAAAUGGAGAUCAUGGACAGAGAAUGGGUAGACUUGUAUUGCUGGACACCAAAUGGAAGCACUAUUUUUCGUGUGCAUAGGGAGCCUAGUUAUUGGGAGCUAAUACAUGGAAUUUUAGGAGAGUUCUGGUGGGAAAAUGUGGUUCCUGCGAGGGAAGCUUUAUCUUUGGGAAAGAAAAUGAGUGAGUACAUAUCAGCCACCUCUAAACACAAUAUACAGGACUUGCCAUUAGUAGAGCAUCAGUUGGCGAGUGAAGCCCAAAUUGUUGUGUAA